AUGAAUCAGCAAUUUGACUGCUAUUUUGUAAGCUCCUUAAAGAAAGUUGUGCAGAAUUCUUUUCCAAUACGUUCGAAAUUAGAUGUUUUUUAACUUUCAAUAUAGGCAUCGAAUUGUUUGAUUUUCUUGGGUUUCAAUAUCAUGUUUUCUAAUUUUCCAACUUCUUUGAGAUCAAAUUAAUUUUUUGAAUCUUGGACCUUUAUGAACUUUGCAAUAAAGAUUAUUGUUAAUGCUGAGACGAUAAACAACUAAUCAAUUACUUGGUAAGUUGAAGUUAUUGAUAAAUGGCUGAUGCCACAUUUGUGCAUUGAAAGGUAUGAGCCUUAGUUGAGGUAGUAAGAUCUAUAAAAGAUGUGA